UGCACGGCGAUGCGCAGUUGGGUGUACUAAUGAAAGAAGGCGAGAUUCACACUUUGUGAGUCGGUGAUGGGACCGAAAAUAAACCUCGCGAUUACAACAGUUGUAAGAGCGCCACUCUUACUAGAGCCGGCUUGGCUCGCACAGCCUCUCAGUCGGUGACUUGAUGCGCUCGCAAUCAGAUGCUGUGCUGCGUCCCGAAGAGUCUCGCGGACGGAGAUCCGUUCCACGACGAGGCCUCGUUCCAUGACGAGGCCUCGUUUCACAACGAGGAUCUUUUUCACGACGAAGCUCCGAAUAAGACAUCACUAUCUAUUUGCGAAACAUGGGUCAAACUAUAUCCUGAAGAAGAUGCGCCGCCGCCGAUUCUGUUGCCUUGCGCGAUCUGCGCGCGGACUUUCAUGCCGCAGUCGUUGGAAAAACACGCGAGGAUAUGCGAACGCGCCGCUGCCAAGAAACGCAAACCCUUCGACUCGGCUAAACAGAGGAUCCAGGGUACCGAGUUGGCUGAGUUUCUGCCCAAACAGGAGCCCCGGCGACAUCACCAGGACGAGAAGACCAGAUCCUCCUGGAAGAAGACCCACGACGAUUUCCUGCGAACCAUCCGCGAGGCGCGCGGCGAAGUUAUGGACUCGAGUAAUAAACAAUGCUAUUCACUGAGCUCCUCGGGUGCGCCGACUCGCGCCAAUGAGAAGGGCACGUGUCUCACGUGCAAUCGACAAUUCGGUAUCAAAGCCUACGACCGUCAUGUCGCCUGGUGCAAAGAUAGGAUCACUCGGAUGCCGGUGAGUCCGGCGACAAAUUUGGCGAAGGAGCGAUUGGAGGCGCGCAUGAGAUAUAAAGCACCAGUCAUGAAGAAUCGGCGAGCUAUCACUCGAGAAAAGUACAGCCCGAGCUCGGCGGUGAACCAAGGUGCCAAGACCUCUGUGUCGUCGCCGGCUCUCGUCAAAUCGAAGGAAAGUGUCUCGGUGACCAAUGGCAGUCGACAAAGUCCAAUGAAACAAAAACCAGUUGUCGUGAAACGUCCUGGACAGCUCAAGGAAUCUCCUAUCUCAUCUGGACCUAUGAAAUCGCGCCUCAUCGAUCGCACAAACAAGAAAAUUGAACUGACGACACGUCCCGCCUGGUGCAAUUACGUGCGCAGAAGGCCGGACUUUAAUCUUGUGCUUAAAGCUAGAACCGGCACGAGCAAGGAUUACGAUCCAUUUCUACUGGCCGAGCAGCAGAUGAACGACCUGCUGUCGGACAUGAGCGAUCAGUCCAUGACGGGGAGUCCCAAACUUCAACAAACUCACGACAAUCUAUAUCCACUCUCUCAUUCCUCCGCCUUCAUAAAAUAUCCCAUCUCUCACAAGAGAUCGUCUCUGAUAGAGCCUCCUCUCGAGUUCGACGAUGUUGCAUCCGACUUUUCGAGCGACUCCACCGAGACCAACUCGAUCUCGCGUGAGAUCUUUCUCUCGAGACCCAUUCUCACGAAUAAGGAUAUAACAGAUAGCGCGGGCUCAAAACCCAUCAAGGAAUUAGGCAGGCGAGUCAUAAUCGAUAAAUCGAAAGCACUGGGUGUCGACGAGCGUCGCGGUGUCGUCGGCAGCGCCGACAGAUCGCGCAAGAUUUUUGACAAGAUCACGCCUACGAAAUCGUUGAUUGAUCGGUCCAAUUCGAUCCGGGCUUCGUCUGCGCCCAGGAUUAACUCAGGCUCCGACAGAAAGAUCUCGAGCGAUAUCAGGAAGAACUAUCCUCUGAUAGAUCAUUGCUACGACGUGGUGAUAGUAGGAGCGGGAGGCGCAGGAUUAAGGGCGGCCUUCGGUCUCGGUAACAAAGGAUAUCGCGUAGCGGUGGUGUCGAAACUAUUCCCGACCAGGUCGCAUACUGUCGCCGCCCAGGGUGGCAUCAAUGCCGUCAUUGCCGAAGAGAAAGAGGACAAUUGGCUCUACCACAUGUACGAUACUGUGAAAGGAUCCGACUGGCUGGGUGAUCAGGACGCUAUACAUUUGCUCGCGAGGGAAGCGCCUCGAGCGAUCUUCGAGCUCGAAAAUUAUGGCUGUCCUUUUAGUCGUACGGAAGACGGCAAGAUCUAUCAGCGUGCUUUCGGCGGUCAGUCGUUAAAAUUCGGCAAAGGUGGACAAGCUAAACGAACUUGCGCCGUCGCCGAUCGAACCGGCCAUGCGGUGCUUCACACCCUUUAUGGACAGAGUCUUCGCUACGACGUGCAUUACUUCAUCGAGUAUUUUGCUCUUGAUCUGCUCAUGUAUGGUCGAUGCUGCAAAGGGGUCCUUGCGUGGGAAUUGGAGACCGGUCUUCUGCAUCGAUUCAGAGCUCAUCAUACGGUGAUCGCAACGGGUGGUGCUGGAAGAUGUUUCCUCUCCUGUACCGCGGCGCAUGCUUGCACUGGUGAUGGUAUGGCAAUCGCAUGUCGAGCGGGACUGCCACUGCAGGACAUGGAGUUUGUCCAGUUUCAUCCGACCGGCAUUUACGGCAGCGGCAUACUCAUUACUGAGGGCAGCAGAGGAGAAGGUGGCAAGCUCGUUAACUCAAAGGGAGAGUUCUUCAUGGAGAAGUACGCGCCUAUAGCUAAGGAUCUGGCGUCUCGCGACGUCGUCUCGAGAGCUAUGACCGUCGAAAUACUGGAAGGAAGAGGUGUCGGGCCAAAGAAAGAUCAUAUUCACUUGCAAUUAAGUCACCUACCAGCUGAGCUGAUACACGAGAGGUUGCCUGGAAUUUCGCACCUUGCCUGGGUGUUCGCUGGAGUGGACGUGACAAAGCAACCGAUCCCUGUAAUUCCCACGGUGCACUAUAACAUGGGCGGCAUACCUACAAAUUGGCGUGCACAAGUAUUAACGCGAGAAAACGAGGAAGACAGACCGAUCGAAGGUCUCUGGGCAGCUGGCGAGACUGCAUGUGCAUCUGUUCAUGGCGCUAAUCGAUUGGGCGCUAACAGUCUUCUGGAACUUGUGGUUUUCGGCAAAGCCAUCGCUGAUCAGAUCGACUGUAUCGCCAGACCCGGCGAACGUCACGAAGAUCUGUCGCCAGAUAUCGGUGAAGAAUCGAUUUGUCGCUUCGAUGCGACCCGUUAUACGAAAGGCUGCGUUCCUGUGGUCGAGCUGCGCGACGAGAUGCAACGCACGAUGCAGAAGUAUUGCUCGGUAUUUAGGACUUGCGAUAUUUUGCAACGUGGAUGCAGGGAAAUAACCCGUCUCUACACGUGCGACUUACCGGAUCUAUGUGUGCAAGAUCAGUCUCUCAUUUGGAAUACUGAGCUCGUCGAGGCCUUGGAGUUACAAAACAUGAUGCUUGUCUGCAUGCAUAUCGUCUACGCCGCCGAGAAUCGAAAGGAGUCAAGAGGCUCGCACUUCAGGGAAGAUUUCAAGGAGAGAAUUGACGAGUAUAAUUAUACAAAACCGCUCGAAGGACAAAAACAACGACCUUACGCGGAACACUGGCGUAAGCAUACGCUUACAUGGGCUCAGGAAGAUGCAUCGGUUUGCAUCUCUUAUCGGCCUGUUAUCGACACGACUCUAGAUGAGAGCGAGGCUCAACAUGUGCCGCCUGCAGUUCGCGCGUAUUGACGUCAUAAACGAUUAAUUGCAAGCAGUCGAUUAAUUGAAAUAUAACGAGAGCUAUGCGAUUAUGAAUCUGAUCGGCUAUCUCGUUACAAUUGCAUUAAUGUCACGUUUGAAAUCGAGCAUACGAAAUCUGGAAAUUAACGAAGCAAAGAAAUCAUCAUAAAAUUCAUGAAAAAAAUUUCUUGUUCAUAAAAAUGUAUUUUUUAUAGAUAAUCUAAGUACGUCCUACAUUUCUUGAUGGCCUCGCAACAGAUAUAUUAACGGUAACUAAUUGGCAUUAAUUAAUGCGCUCGACGCAACUGUAUCAAUUAGAUGCACUGGGGAAAAAAUGAAUUGAGAUUGGGAUUAUAUUCUUAAGAUAGAUUUCAAAAGAUAUUCUUUUAAGUUUUGUAUGUUAAAAAGAUUGGUAGAGAAUGAAGCAAUGCAAGAAAGAGUGUUAUAAGUAAUAAUGAUGAGAUAUCUCCUUUUAUCUUUAUACACGAAAAAAACAAAUGUGAUUCGGCAUAAUUUAACAAUGUCAUUACAAUGUCUUUGACAUAUGUUAAUUUCAUAAGAGAUCGUUAAUCACAACUCCACUGAUGAUAACACAAUUACAGUAUCGUAAUAAAUGUUGAAUAAAUUAUUUACUGAAGACAUAAAUUUCUUUACUAAGAGAGGAUAAUUUACGACCACCUUAUUUAGCUUAUGUAAUAUUAUAU